GGCGGCAGCAGCAGAGGAAUAAUGUUUUCUAAUCUCCUACUACUCUGGUCACUCAGCCAUGACCUUUAUAUAACUGGAGGAACAUUUUUUGCUCCAAAGCAGUUCUGGAACAACCAGAACCUCUCCUCUGUCCCUCUGGACUUGGAUGUAAGGCUCAGAAGACUUGAUCUGUCCAACAACUUCAUCCGACAGUUGCACACACUUGCACUGCCAUACUUGGAGCAGUUGGACCUGAGCAACAACCAGCUGGAUCUCAUCUCUGAUGAAGCUUUUGAAAACCUGGCUCGACUUGAACAUUUGAAUUUGUCCAGAAAUGGGCUAAACAUCAAUGCUGGCAGUAACAGCAAAGCCCUCCAGUCCCUCGGUAGUCUGAGAAGUUUAGACAUAUCAAGAAAUGGUCUGAGUAAUGAUGCAGUGCAGCUGUACCUUAGACGCAAGUCUUCUCUUGAUCAACUAAAGAUGACUGGUAACGCUUUAACAAGACUUUCACAUACCCUGUUCAGAGAGAAUAUACAUUUAAGGACCAUUACUAUUGACGACAAUCUGAUAUCAGAGAUUGCUCCGGGGACGUUUGAACCGCUGAGCCAAUUAGAGACGCUUAACUUGGCAAAAAAUAAUCUUGGACAUAUUUGUGAUUUUAAACUGUAUCAAGUUAAAUAUCUAAAUCUCAGCAGAAAUUCAGUGGAGUUCUUUGUUACACGCGAGAACCAGCACUCAUACAGUCUUGAAAUUCUUGAUUUGAGCUACAACAAACUUCUUUACUUUCCAAUUGUUCCAAAAAAGAAUCAUCUGAAGUAUCUUUAUUUACAGAAUAAUAUGCUUGGUGCCUUAGGUUCAGAGGCUGCGAUGGUAUCCGAGGCAAACUCUCUUUAUAAUGAGAUUGUAAGAGAGAACGUGGCUAUGAAAAAUAACCUACAUGCUAUCUGGAGGCAAAUGCCGCUGUUUUAUAUCGACCUGAGCUAUAACCACUUCACAUCUUUUCCUCUUGAGACUUUGAGUCUACUUUCAUCUUUGGAAUCCCUGCAUUUCAGCCAUAACUGUCUGCAAAGUAUCGACUGGAAUAUAAGAAAUUAUAGUGAUUCAGGGCUGAUUCGUCAGCUUUCUUUUCACUCCUUAAAGCACCUGAACCUGCAAAGUAAUGCUCUUGUAUACAUUUCCCCACACUUUCUCAAGGCACUCACACAAAUAGAAACUUUAAAUCUGCAAGAAAAUUUCAUGCAGCCUUGUGCUUCUGCUGGCAAUUUCAUCAGCUCACUGUCAACACAGCAAACUAUUCUUAGCACAUCCUGUGCUGCAUUUGGGCAGCUGAGGACUCUUAAACACCUUAAUCUCAGAGAAAAUAACAUAAAAAUACUUCAGCUAAACACAUUUCUGAGAACCUCUUUGGUUUCCCUUAACCUUGCAAAAAAUCAGGACAUGGAAAUGCAUGAGGGGGCACUAGAUGGUGUGCAAGCAACUCUUCAGUCCUUGAUAAUCAGUGAGAUAAACAUGAGCAGCUCCCAUCUGUCUUUACCCUGUAUGCCAGCAUUAACACAACUGAACAUAUCAAACAACCGCCUCGACAAGAUGCCUAACACUUUAAACUGCUCUCUUUUGAAAGAAAUUGAUAUAAGAAAUAAUGCUUUUAGGACUUUAAACCAUUCUUUAAUUCAUACUUUAUCCAAAAACCUCACUGUGAUGUUUAUUAGUGGGAAUAAUUUCAACUGCUGUGACAGUAGCUGGCUGAAAACCUUAAAUGAGAUGAAGAUUAAACUGCCUGACAUUAGUAGGACUAAGUGCUUUACGAGUGAUCAAAACGUGAUGAUGACAGAAUAUCUAAAAAGUCCUUCAUCAUACUGUUUGCUUCAUAAAGAGGCACAGGAAGUCAAUUUUGGACAAAUGAUUGUAAUUGUCAUAUUUCUAUCCGUAUUACUUACGGUGCUCAUCAUGUUCAGCAGGAAGCUGUGCAACAUACAAAAAUCUUUUAUGGUUUGAUAUCUAAAGCAUGCAAAAAGGAAACACAGUCUAAACAAUGAGUAAACUAUUCAGAAACAAAAGAGGAUACAAUGGUUCCUGAAGUAAACUCCAGGGAGAUUCCCUUUGAAUGACUCCUUUUUGUUUUUGACAGAAGUGGCUUCGUGGCUUCAAAAAGUAAUUUCCAAUUUAUUAAAUGCAGUCAAGACUUCGUGUACAAUUUAACUUAUAAUUCGGCUUUCACUCUGCUCGAGCUUUCUUUAAUGACUCCACCACACAUCUGUUAGAGGUGCCUCACUUCGCGUGACCUGCACAGUUAAAGUGUUAUGAUUGAAAUUGGCAUUAUUGACUCCCAAGCCGCUUGGUUAUAGAGAGCGCCAAAUAAAUGGUCAGAUAGAGAACUCCUGCCUGUCAACCUUUGUGAAAUGUUUGUUUGCAACUAAACAUUUAACCUUGGUUUGAAUUCUUAUGAUGCCUGCAAAGCUUUACAAAACAUUCCCAGAAUCAGGACUGAAUGCUUAAACAAUGUCAACAGAUAAUGCCUUGCAGGAGUUUCUAUUUACACUCCUUUUUUUUAUAUCUUUGAAUAGAAAUAGCUUGUGAAUUUGAGUUUUUGUAAUAUACAUGGAGAAGUGUUGUUGCACCACUCAU